AGCAAUAAUUCCAAAUCCUCCCCUUUUACAAACUGCUUUUAAUGGUCACUCGUUAUCGUUGCUUCCGUUGUAGAGAGCAAGCAACUCACUCUCUCUCUCUCUCUCUCUCUUCUCCACCCUGCAAUUCUCUUCUAUCAAACUGCGCAUGUUGUAUCUCGGAAAGGGAUAAGCACAUUGCCUAGGUCUUGCAAUUAUUUUUCAUGGGUUGAGCUUAAGAGAUCAUGGAUAGCUUCACCACCGACGAAGAUUCUCAAUUUUUUGACGCGCUGGAGCACAUUGGUGAAGAGCCCAAAUUUCGGAAUCGGGAAUAUGAGGUGUGGAUUAAUGCUCCACAGAGUGUCGGUGAGCGCCGUGAGAAUUUUUUCAAACAGGUUGGGAUCAGCCUAGGUGAGAUUGAGAGUCAAGCUGUAGAUAAUUGUGUGAUGGGAGAUACUGGAAGAGUUUUGGAGGAUAGUGGAGCCGUGCUGAGAGCUUAUGGUAGUGAAGAUGAGUUCUCUUCGAGCCGUUCAUCUGUGUCGAGUUGGGACACGGAUGAUCUGGGAUUGUGUAGAAAUGGGGAUGGGAAUGCUAGUGGUGGAUGUGAGUUUGAGAAUGAGAGGAGGGGAGAUUCUCGAUUGAUGGGAUUGGAGUGGCUGCUCUCAUCUCCGGAAAUGGAUUCUUCAUCUCAAUUGCCUUCCACAGUUGAUGAAAUUGGGGACAGGGGAAAUGAGGCUAGUGUAAAUACACCAAAAUCAAGGAGUAAUUUGAAGAAGAGGUGGCUGCGUAGAUUGCGUUCGAUGACAUGUAUGAUGAGUGGGGGUACGAGAGAGGAGAGUGUUCGAUCUUGUGGCGUAAGCCAGAUGCAGGGGUCAAGGAUCUGGAGAGUUAGGGUUCGCCAUUGUCAGAGGAGAUUGAAGGAGCUUUCCGCCCUCUUUAGUGGGCAAGAAAUUCAAGCGCACAAGGGGCCGAUCACAGCUUUGAAAUUCAGCUUUGAUGGACAGUACCUUGCUAGUGCUGGUGAAGAUAAGAUUGUCAGAAUCUGGCAGGUGGUGGAGGAUGAGAGAUUGGAUACAGUUGACAUCCCGGAUGCAGAUCCAUCGUGUGUGUAUUUCUCCGUCAAUCAUCUAUCUGAAUUGGGGCCUUUGAUGGUGGAAAAGGAUAAAGUUAACAAGUCCAAGAGCCGGGGAAGAACACACGAAUCGGCUUGUAUAGUCUUCCCUUCAAAGGUCUUUCGAAUUUUUGAGAAGCCAUUGCACGUGUUCCAUGGGCACAGUGGGGAGAUCUUGGAUCUUUCAUGGUCAAAGGAUAAUUGUCUACUGUCGUCGUCUGUUGAUAAAACUGUUCGUCUCUGGCGGGUUGGAGUUGAUCAGUGCCUCAAGGUUUUCCAGCAUAGUGACUAUGUGACUUGCAUCCAAUUUAACCCUGUGAAUGAUGAUUACUUCAUCAGUGGUUCAAUAGAUGGGAAGGCCCGGAUUUGGUCGAUUGGUGGUUGUAAAGUUGUUGACUGGAUCGAAACAAGGGAGAUUAUCAGUGCAAUUUCUUACCGCCCCGAUAGCCAGGCUGGAAUUAUUGGUUCUAUUGCCGGAACAUGCCACUUUUUUCACUUAUCAGAUAAUCACUUCCAGUUGGGAGCUCAGAUGUGCUUAACGAGUAAGAAGAAGUCAGCUUGCAAAAGGAUAACUGGCUUUCAGUUCUUACCACAAGAUCCAAGCAAAAUAUUGGUCACAUCUGCUGAUUCAAAAGUUAGAAUUAUUGAUGGGGUGAAUGUGAUUGGGAAGUACAAAGGCCCUAGAAAUGCUGGAAACCAGAGCGCUGCUUCAUUUACUUUCGAUGGAAACCAUAUUGUCUCAGCAUCAGACGAUUCCAAUGUUUAUAUGUGGAACUACUCCGAUCAGGGGGACUCCUUGUCGCAAUCAAAACCAGUUAGGUCCUUUGAAUGCUUCUCCUCAGAUGCCUCUGUUGCCAUACCAUGGCCUGGCUUCAAAACCAGGAAGGCAGAGGAUCCGCAAGGCUUGAAAUCGAACCAACUGCAGACAAAUCCAUUGCCUUUCUCAUCCUCAUCCACUCUCUCUUUAGGGCAAGAGUAUUUCUUGGACGCCAGCUCAAAGGGAUCCGCAACUUGGCCAGAGGAAAAGCUUCCUGUCUCCAGCCCGCAAGCUGUGACAUCACCAAUCAGUAAAUCUCAGUACAAGCUCCUCAAGACAUGCUGCCAGAGCGCAUCGAGCUCUCAUGCAUGGGGGUUAGUGAUAGUCACCUCAGGGUGGGAUGGACGGAUCAGAUCAUUCCAUAAUUAUGGUUUGCCUGUGGCCCUUUAAGACAGGUAGGUCGUUGAGAGUGAUCGGGUGGGCUGGAAAUUGAUUGCACGAAGCCAUAUUUGGGCGUAUUGGGAGGACCCCCCCUAGCACGUCGGGGGAGGAGUAUUUGGGGAUGGCGAUCGAAUGGGGCAGGGGCAGUUGGCAAGGAGUGCAGGGGUAGGGGGUUGGUUGGGUGUACUUGUAUGAUUGGGCUGAAUUAUGAUGUUGGAUUGAUGAAAGUGUAAGUUGAUGGUGUGGCCCAGAGAUGGAAAUGGCAUCUUGUGUCAUGUGUUUUGUGGUGUGAAUAAUGAAUAAGAUUGAUUGACUUGUCCACUGUUGGGAUUCAUUCACAAGCCUUCGAUAAGAUUCAGGCAGAUGCAGAGGUGUUGCUCAAAUUUUGAGGAUGUGCAUAACUAUAGUCUAUAGAUAUGGAUAGGUUGGUUGUAUAGUAGUACUAGUAUUAUUAUUCCUUGUAUAUUUUACCCACACUUGUUCGAUUUCAACCCAUAUUAAUACAACUUUCCACAUUUGGGAUC